CGCAGGCGCGCGCUGCGACGCCAACCUAGGCUUCUCGCAGCUAACGGGAUCGAGGCUGGACGCCGCGUGACCCGCCUGGGCCGGAGCGGGGGCGGACGGCGCCUUCUUGGCCUUUUCUGCCUCUAGCAGCGGCGCCGGGGUAGCCGGAGCCAGCGACUGGGAAACGGCUGCAUCCCGCUGCCUCUCCUUGGCCUGGCUGGGUGGUCGGAGGCUGGUCUGCCAAGUAAGUCCCGGCCGGGCAGGCGGAGCGUCAGGCCCGGGGGAGGGUCCGAGGGCCUUUUGCGGCAGAUUCCGGGACACGUGAUUAUUGUUUGGGGACCGCUGCAGCCCACGUCCACCUGAUAGACUAUUUACUACACGUAGUAGGGUCAGAGCCGCUAAAUGUCCAAGACCAUGGCGAUGAACCUUCUGGAGGAUUGGUGCAGGGGAAUGGAAGUGGACAUCCACAGGUCCUUAUUGGUCACAGGUAUCCCAGAGGACUGUGGGCAGGCAGAAAUUGAGGAGACCUUGAAUGGGGUCCUCGCCCCACUGGGCCCGUACCGCGUGCUCAACAAGAUUUUUGUGAGGGAAGAGAAUGUUAAAGCUGCCCUCAUUGAGGUUGGUGAAGGUGUGAAUCUGAGCACCAUCCCCCGUGAAUUCCCAGGAAGGGGUGGUGUCUGGAGAGUGGUCUGUAGAGACCCUACCCAGGAUGCUGAGUUUUUAAAAAAUCUGAAUGAAUUCCUGGAUGCCGAGGGGCGCACCUGGGAGGAUGUGGUCCGCCUGCUCCAGCUCAACCACCCCACCCUGUCCCAGAACCAGCAUCAGCCCCCAGAGAACUGGGCAGAAGCUCUGGGGGUGCUCCUGGGAGCGGUGGUGCAGAUCAUCUUCUGCAUGGAUGCCGAGAUCCGCAGCCGGGAGGAAGCCAGGGCCCAGGAGGCCGCUGAAUUCGAGGAGAUGGCAGCCUGGGCUUUAGCAGCAGGGAAGAAGGUGAAGAAAGAACCGGGGCUUGCAGCAGAGGUGGGUUCUGCCCCCAACAACUGGAAUGCCACGGAAGACCAGCAUGACCCUCCCAAACCUUUGGUUCGCAGGGCUGGAGCUAAGUCUCGCUCCAGGAGAAAGAAGCAGAAGAAGAACCCCAAGCAGGAAGCAGUGCCCUGGAAAAAACCCAAAGGCAUCAAUUCCAACAGCACAGCCAACUUGGAGGAUCCUGAGGUGGGUGAUGCUGAAAGCAUGGCGAUCUCAGAGCCGAUCAAGGGCAGCAGAAAGCCCUGUGUGAAGCAGGAGGAGUUGGCUUUGAAGAAGCCCAUGGCGAAAUGUGCCUGGAAGGGUCCCAGAGAGCCACCUCAGGAUGCCCAGGCAGAAGCCGAGAGCCCAGGAGGUGCCUCUGAGUCAGACCAAGAUGGUGGCCAUGAAAGCCCGCCAAAGAAGAAGGCCAUGGCCUGGGUUUCUGCCAAGAACCCCGCCCCCAUGAGGAAGAAGAAGAAGGUGAGCUUGGGCCCUGUCUCUUACGUCUUGGUUGACUCAGAAGAUGGCAGGAAGAAGCCGGUGAUGCCAAAGAAAGGGCCGGGCUCAAGAAGGGAGGCAUCAGUUCAGAAGGCCCCUCAAGGCCAGCAGCCUGCCGAGGCAACAGCCUCAACCUCUAGGGGUCCGAAGGCCAAGCCAGAAGGCUCUCCUCGGCGUGCCACCAAUGGUGAGAAUGACAGCAGAAGUGACUGGGCUCGUGCCAGCAAGUGGAUGAGGCAGGAGGAGCAGGAGUGGCAGGUGGGGCAGAGGAGCCCGAGGAGGUGGUGGGUCAAGCGGGUGAUGAGGAGGACCCUGGUGCAUGGCAGGAGGUGGAUGACACACCAGUUGAGGAGGAAUCCAGAAAGGUUUGAUCUGGGAGACCACCCAUACUGAGGAGUUGAAAGAACAAGGAAGAAGUUCCAAGUCAACCAAGUUUUCUCUUGUCACUGAAUAAAAUAAGACUUUGGACUCUCUUAGGGCCCCUGUUGAUAGAGAUCUGGCUCUGAGGUAAACGAUAGGUGAGGUCUCGGGUGGGAGGGAGUUGGGGAAGGGAGGUGGAUCUCUAUGCCCUUUUCUCUACCAGGCCUGUCAUUUCACCGCCUUCUCUACUCACCUUCCCUUCGGAGGCAGGAGAGUUGGUAAGAGGAUUGGGAAAAUUCUAGAACAUUCAUUCCCCUUUAUGCAUGAGCAGGGUCACUGUUACACUCAUCUGUGUUCAGCUUUUCUCCCCCACGCCUCGCUCCCUCUUCGGAAUGGUCAGCGACCUCUGCAGGCCCUGGUGUUUGGAAGAGCUGGGUGGCCCUGCCAUAUUCUCCCUCCCGCCUUCCUCUCGUGUAACCAGCGGGGUAAGUUAAGCCAGGACCUUCACUGCAAACCUGGUUUCAUUGCUCCUUCAGUCUCCAGCUUCCAUCCUCCAGUUAUCUAGCCAGGAGGUCCCAAGAGUUAGUUUUAGGGAAAAAGAAUGUCUGCCUAGACCUCGAAGUCUUUUGAGUUUUAGAGUUUGUUAGUAAAAAUGGCACUUUGAUUCCCAUUUGGGAUGAGCCCUCUCAGGAAUCCUGUGGGGAAGGGGGGUGAUUAUAUGGAAGGACGCAGGCAUUCCUAGGUCCCCAGCUCUAAUUCCAUCCAUCUACCCAACUGUCACCAUCUUUGCACCAAACUGUCACCAUCUUUGCAGCAGAAGGUUAUUACAUUAUAGUAAGAGGGGAAAAAAAUAUUUUAAAACUUAGCUGUUGGCCGGGCGCGGUGGCUCACGCCUGUAAUCCCAGCACUUUGGGAGGCCGAGGCAGAUGGAUCACGAGGUCAGGAGUUUGAGACUAGCUUGACCAACAUGGUGAAACCCCAUCUCUACAAAAAUUAGCUGGGCGUGGUGGCGCGUGCCUGUAAUCCCAGCUACUCAGGAGGCUGAGGCGGAUGAAUUGCUUGAAUCCAGGAGGCGGAGGUUGCAAUGAGCCGAGAUUGCGCCACAGCACUCCAGCCUGGGCAGCAGAGUGAGACUCUCUCUCAAAAAAAAAAAACAAAACAAAACUUGGCUGUUAAUGUCUGCCCUCUGAAUUCAGACACACUAUAUUAUAUUAGACCACACCACCAUGUGUCAUUGUGUGUGUGUGUGUUUGCGUGCGCAUGUGUAGAGGAGAGGGCAGGGUCCCUGAGAUAAUGGUUUCCAAACUGUAUCGUAGCCGUCCACAAAGAUGUAAUCCGAAUCUAUUUUUUUCACGUGUUUAAAAAACUGAAAAGUGACUACUCAGAUAUGUUGGAAGUCACAUUGAAGACUACCAGAAUCUUACCUUGUGUUCAUAGGUUAACUUGUUUUUGUACACGUCUUGAGUUAGUUAUUUCUGGCAUCUCUUUGCUUAAAAUUGAGUUUCUCGUAAAUGUGACUGAUGAGCGAGGUUAGAAGUGGAAGAAAUUCCUGUGCAUGUCCUAUAAUCUGACACCCUGAAAGCAAGCUUCCUUUCGUCAUUCACAUGCUCUUGUUCUGCCGUGACUCUUCAGUUGUAUGGUAGUAAGUAAAUGUAUUAACAUGGUGAACAGUAGUAAUAUUCUAUCAUAGAGUAUUAGCCCUUGCAAGUUUUCAGGGCGUCUUUUCCGACUUCAGUUUUUGUGAUAAAGAAUGUGAACAGUUGUUAGAUGUUCUCAGUGAUUCAACUUUAAAACAAAUUUCUCGUGAUGAUUCAUCUCAAAAUCCUGAGUGAGUCUGACUGAAAAAUAUGAGAGAAAAGAGAGUGGUUUCCGUUUGCAGCUACACAGCUGUGUGCAUCGAAGUUCUCCUGGGGUGUGUGCCAAGCGAAACCCAGGGGUGAAUUGGAUUCUUGAAGAGACCAAAGCCUGCAACUGUCCAGCUUCUAAUUUCAAAACGGGUCCAUUAGGUCUUCAUUGUGUUAACAAGUUGACACCAUGACUAGUAAAUGUAAACGUGUAUGUAUAAAAUAAAGUUUAGCAAAUUAA